GCGCCACGCUGCGUUUUUCUAUGUCGAUUCAGUGUUGGGAUCUUUAAACAAACGGUGUUGCUCGCAUCGUUGUUCUUAGGGAGAUUGAUUGGGUGAAUGUGCAUCUUCUCCGACAACGGUGUCACUGCUGGAUUUACCUGAAUAAGUAGUCAAUUGGUUGAUACGACGACUAUGGGGUCCCUACCGCAGUUCUCCAUUUUGAAAGGGCCUACAAGACGUUAUAAUCCUGAAUAUAUCAACGACAUCAUAGAAUCUACUCUUUCAGACUCAAACAUAGCCGAUAAAAUUGCAUUGAUCUUUGAAGAUGGUGACAAAAACACCCUGAAACACACAUAUGCCGAGCUGAAUAUCAUCACCAACAAGCUCGCGAGGGUUAUCAAAAACACGAUCAUCCAAGAGAAGCUUCAGAGAAAUCUUGAUGGAGAUUAUUUGGUGGCAGUGAAUUUGCUGCCUACUGAUCGUCUGGUGCUGGUCCUGCUUGCCAUCUGGAAAGCUGGAGCUGCUUACCUGCCCCUGGACCACGCCUUUCCAGGUGCAAGAAUUGAACAUAUUGUGAGAGAGGCUAAGCCUGCAAUAGUAAUUUUCGACGAAGAUUCGGACUAUUAUGCAGACGCCUUCAAACUUCCAGUCGAUGAGCUGUGGUCAAAGUCGAGUAAAGAAUCAGACUUGGGGCUCAAGAAAAAUGAACGGCUCAAGCAUCAAAGUGGUGAUCUGGCCAUUGCCUUGUACACUUCAGGUAGCACCGGUGUACCUAAAGGUGUGAAACUACCGCACAAGGUGAUCCUGAACCGACUGAACUGGCAAUUCAAAGCUUUUCCCUACAGCGAUACUGAAAAAGUGUGUGUGUUCAAAACAGCCCUGACGUUUGUCGAUAGCAUUUCCGAAAUUUGGGGACCACUGAUGAAAGGAUUGUCUCUGCUUGUCAUACCCAAGGAAGUCACUAAAGAUCCUGAGAGAUUGAUAGAAGCCUUGGAGAAGUAUAAGGUUGAAAGAUUGGUUUUGGUGCCAUCCUUGUUGAGAUCGAUUCUGAUGUUUCUAGAAAUACAGAAAAAAGAUGGAAUACUGUCCAAACUGAAAACGUGGGUGUGUUCAGGAGAAACCUUGGUGAAGAGUGCAGCCUUGGACUUUUAUAAGUACUUCCCUGAAAAUGAACAUCGCCUCUGCAAUUUUUAUGGCAGCACUGAAAUCAUGGGUGACGUUACAUACUACGUUAUCAAGGGGUUGGAUCAAAUGAAAUCCAUAGAGAAGGUCCCUAUAGGUAUUCCUGUCGACAAUACCAUCAUCUACCUUCUGGACUCUGAGUUUCGCCCAGUGAAAGCAGGAGAAAUUGGGGAGUUGUACGUUUCGGGUUUAAACCUUGCAUCUGGCUAUAUCAACGGCAGAGAUCCAGAAAAAUUCCUCGACAAUCCACUUGCUAUCGACCCUACUUACGCAAAACUAUACAGGACUGGAGAUUUUGCAAAACUGGAAAGGGGUGUUCUAAUGUAUGAGGGCAGAACAGACUCACAGGUUAAAAUUCGUGGUCACCGGGUUGAUCUGACGGAGGUGGAAAAAGCAGUAUCCUCCAUAGAAGAAGUGGAUAAAGCCGUGGUUCUCUGCUACAAGCCCGGUGAGAUGAGCCAAGCACUCCUAGCUUUCGUCACCACCAGACAACUCGUGAGCGAGAGUUGGCUAGAAGCCUAUUUGAGGAAAAAGCUCACACCAUACAUGAUUCCACAGGUGAUACUAGUCGACGCUAUUCCUCUCUUAGUAAACGGAAAAAUAGACAGGCAAUCCUUGCUAAAAAUGUACGAAAAUACAAACAAUAAUGAUGAUGAUCAGUACCAGGUCGACAUAGACUACACAGGGGUGCCACCCCAUCAGAUGGAAGCAGCAAAGGUACUCUUUGAGACUGUCGCGGCAGUUUUAAACAGGGCCGCAAGAGCAGCUAUAACAGUUGACGCGAACUUCUACAGCCUUGGAGGGAAUUCUUUGAACUCCAUUUACACUAUAACUAAGUUGAAUGAAAAGGGCUUCAGGAUCGGUAUAAGCGAUUUUAUAGCAGCCCUGGAUCUCGGAGAGGUUUUGGAGAGGAUGACAGCAGGGACAGUGGUUAAUAUACAACCACCACAGUUCACAGCACGUUCUUGCAAACCUUCCGACAAGGAAUUGGUCAUAUCGAUAAUAACUGAGAGUUUCUACAGAAAAGCCGAUUUAGAACAGUGGAUUCUAUCGGAAAUAUCUGAAAACGAUUACAGAAAGUACCUAAGUGACAUUUGGGAUCCUUUGGUGGAGAAAGGUCUAAGCUUCAUCGUGAAAAAUGAAUACCAAAAGGUUGUUGCAGCCUGCAUCAACUUCGACCUAGUGGAUGAACCCGAGGUUGAGAUUGACUCUGGGCUGAUCAAGAUCUUCGAGUUCUUGGACUUUGUUGAGGGGCCCAUCAGGAAAUCCAAACUUCCUAAAGAUCAGAACAAGACCCUCCAUUGUCAUAUGAUGGGUACCCACAGUUCCUUGACAUCGAGAGAAAACAUUCUUGUGAUACAAUUUAUGGAAGAAGAAGUAUACAAGCUAGCUAAAAUUAAAGGAUUUGAAGGCAUACUGACUGUUAACACUAGCCCUCUUACCCAGCAAUUGGGUAGGGAUGUUUUCAAAUACGACGUACUGCUGGAUUACCAAGUGAACCAAUAUGUAGCACCUGAUAACACAAAACCGUUUGGUCUGGCUCCUGAUUCUCAAAGAGCACUUGUGCAGUGGAAAGCUGUAAUUUGAAUCUUUUUCCUUUAUCGAUUUCUAUUCCUAUCUAUUAUUUAUUUUGUUAGUUCAAUUAUUGUACAUAGUCGUUCGAUCUUUGUUCUUUAUGAACAUUUACAUGAUGUAUUAUAGUUUGGACGUAUUUUAGAAAUAAGAGACCAAUGUUAAUAUAUUUAUGUCAAAGAAUAAAUACUUGUAAAAUU